CUCGCAGGUACUCCAACUUAGGCCAUUCUCGGUCGCGCUUUACACCUGAAUUUGGUCGUAAGAGCACAGCCCUCUCCUCGGCGCCGCUUUCCGCGUUUAUUUUUUAAAUUAUUUAUUCCCGUGUAAACUGCAGUCUUGAUAAAAAAAACAAAAACAUUAAUGGUGGAUAAUUUAGCCCUGCGUUGAGGGCCCCGGGGAGAACUGCACAGGAAUAUAAAGUCACAUCAGACGGUCGCAUUUUUUAAAUUUUUUUUUUAAUAUCCGGCGACAUGGCUCGACCACGGCCGCGGGAGUACAAGGCAGGAGAUUUGGUUUUCGCUAAGAUGAAGGGAUACCCGCACUGGCCGGCGAGGAUUGAUGAGCUUCCAGAAGGAGCUGUCAAACCGCCCGCCAACAAGUACCCCAUCUUCUUCUUCGGAACCCAUGAAACUGCAUUCCUAGGCCCGAAGGAUCUUCUGCCUUACAAGGAGUAUAAAGACAAAUUUGGCAAGUCCAACAAGCGGAAAGGCUUCAACGAGGGCCUGUGGGAGAUCGAGAACAACCCCGGAGUCAAGUUCACAGGCUAUCAGGCCAUCCAGCAACAGUGUUCAUCGGAAACAGAGGAUGGGGGGAACGCCGCGGACGGCAGCAGCGAGGGCGAGGAGGGCGACUUUGUUGAGGAGGAAGACGACAAGGAGAAGCUGAAAGGAGACAAGACCGGAUCCAACCGGAAAAAGACAGCCACCUCCAAGAAGAAAUCUUCCAAGCUGUCAAAGAUGUCAUCUGUAGAGGACGACCUGGAGAAGGAUGGGAACGAUGACGACCAGAAGAGCGGCUCCAAGGGAGGAGACCCCGACAAAGACAUCAUCCAAAAUACCACCGACACUAAGAACCAGCUGCUCAUAGAAGAACAUUAAGUGAAGAAAGCAUGACAUCAUCCCUUGUAGCUGUGACGUUGGGAGGGAGAAUCAACGACAGGAUUUUCGCCUCAGCACCACUUGGCUGCCAUCGUCACCUCCACCUCUCCAUCGGACUUCCAGUAUGUGUGUUGUAUGAAAGAUGGCCCGCUGUUGAUGCUGGUAUCGUGGUGGCCAUCGCGUUGGACGCCAGGGUAUAUAACCUCUAAAACAAGCGCUGAAACAUAAUGCUACGGGUCACGUCGGAGGUUUUGUCAUCCUGAACUCUCCAAAAUAGACGGGUUAAGAUUUGUAUUUCUCUUUCAUCAGUGACUCUGAAUGCUUGUAAGUUUAUAUUGUGAAAUAUACGUGAAGUAUAGGAUAAUCUAAAGGGGCAUUAAGUACUUGACUUUUAUCGUGGUCUAUUGGCAAAAAAGUAUGCGUUGUGAUAAUGAUUGCUGUGUUCAUAAGGAGCUUUUUCUCUACUCUGCUCAUACUACCAUAGCCCAAUCGGAAUAAUAUGUUAAAAUUGAAGGUGUAACCUGUUGAGUGACACUUGCACGAUGCAAAAAUCACAAUGGGAUUGAAAUAAUCGAAAAAAGGUUAGUUAGCUAACACAACUUCUUCAGGUUUGGGCUUAUGCAUUUCACAUUUAAAUGAACAGCAUGACCACCAGAGUUUAAAGGCAUUAGAGGCGAAUGAGUCGGAUCUAAAAGUGUAGCGUCCGGCUGCCAGUUCGGGAGCACGCAUAUUCAGCUAAAGUUAUUCCAAAAAGAGGCCUUUUUACGCGAUUGUAAGCCAGUGGGCGUGGCUUCUAGCCUUGUAGAGCCUGGGGAGAUGGGGCCGACUUUGAAUGUCGUGUUUACGUACCUGCAACCGACAAAUCCUACUCAUUCUGCCUUUAAGGUUACGGGAUAACUUUAAGACUUUGUGACAAAACUCUGACAGUUGAAUUUCAACAUAAAUGAAUUCGCCAUUUACCUUUUAUUAGGAAAAGCUCUGAAACAGGGUGUGACAUGGUUGGUUUUAUCUAAAGUCCUCACCACUUUUCAAGUGAAAAGGUAUAUAUCCACAGCCCCGUCACGCUCUCUAAAGUACAUUACAGUAGAUUACUUACUGCCUCUUUAAUUGGUGUUGAGAAGGGACUUGUUCUAUUUGUUCACACGGUCAUUAUGAACAGUAGUUUGUGAAUUAUGUUACAAUAGAAAUACAGUAUGAGUGCAUCUCCACUCAGCCUGUGACAUGAUGUCAUACAAUCACUACGUGUCACGUUUAGGCCCGAUGAAAGUGGGUUUGAGUGGCUCGUGUUCUAUCUCAUGAUCACACAAAGUGUAGAUAGACAUCGGUCCGUCUUUAUACAGGCCUAUGCAUACCUAUCCGUAUUGCAUCACUCCUGAUCACCUGUCACUGUGUACAAAUGCAUUUGA